GACUUACCGCAUACAUACAAACAUACAUACAUACAUUUACAUAUGAGACUCGAACUUUCAAUCUCAACUCACACUGCUCAACAACAUUGUUUCCAUUCGGCGCAAACCUGCGCGGUGGCGCCAGUGAUCUUUGGGUGUGCACGAUAUGUCUGCCUUUGUCCGAGUUUCCGGUCCUCCCAACAGUAAUUUUUUAGUUGGAUAUCCGGGUAUUUCUGCUACGCUUGUAGGUGAUUUUUAUUUUCUCUUUGGGGUUUGAUCAUCUGUUUUGCGAUUGUGAGUUCCAUGAGGAUUUGGGAUUAAUUCGGGGAUUAUAGCCUAGGGUAGAGGGUAAAGUAGAGAUUCGACCCCUCACUGGAAUUUCUGCGCCGAUAGCGAUAUCAUUGGUCCGAAUAUGUUUACAGCGAAGGGAAACGAUACAUCCAUCCGCGGAAUCGAUAGCUAAGAAACAUUUGGGGACACCUCGAAGAGAAACGACCGAUGUGGUUGGGAAGGAGUUGCUCUUGUUUCGAUGUACAGCAGGCAAGGAAAGCGAAAGUGUGGUUUUGAUGGAUCUACCUUUCGUUUUAUUCAUACCAUUUGGAAGAGGAGGACAGGAAUCAAAUCGAAGGAUCCCACCGGCCAGUCUGCAAUUACCUAGUCGCACAGCGGAAACUUAUUAUGAAUUGGUGGUUACCGUUCAACAGGGCCAAGAACAAAAAAAAUUCGCAUUUCCAGUUCCGUUGCAAAGAUAUGACACUAUUUCAACAUUUGGCAUGUACAAGAAGCCGGAAUCAGCAGAGAAUAAUUCGGAUCAUCUUGUUACUUUGAGAAUUUCACUACCUCGGUGGUCAUUUGGUCCCUCGGAUCCUGUUGAUGUUUUUAUCACAUUAUUACCCAAUCCUAUAUGGUUAAAAAGGCUACCAAAGUAGUCAUACAAAAGAUUACAAUUGGGAUAGAAGAAGAAAUCACAUAUAAUCCUGAAGGUGAUGAACCUACGAAGAAGAUCAAUCGGAUAGCAAAACAAACUGCGACGGUGGGAACGAGAUUACCAGAGGCGGGAUACUUCACAGCCCUUGGUUUAAUAUAUCCAUCGAAGGAUUUAAGGGAUUCGGAGGGAAUAAUUAGGAGAGGAAAGGCGGCUUUUCCAAUGCAUUUUGUUAAUUCUUUUACGACGACAGCAACUCUAUAUAAGAUUGAAUUCUUUCUUGUUAUAAAGGUAUAUAUGUUUCUUCUUUUUUUUAUUUCUUGCUUGCGAACUUUACCAAUACUCCUUUUCACUGAUUCUAUUCACAUUCUUAAAGCAGAGCUGACAUAGCCUAAAGGUUCAUCUAUCCGGCGCUCGAGAUAUCACUCAUCGUCAACCAAUAAUAGUAUGUCCUUUAAAUGGAAAAGAAUGCGAAGAGGAGAUGGGAGCAAUCGAACAAGCGGCAAGAGAUGCAUCACGUAUCGAUCCUGUGAACCCAAUGUUACCUGCUUGUACGAUUAUUAAGGCGAGGGAUGCAAGUGCUUUAAGAGCACUAGGGUGGACAAUGGUUGGAGGUUCGAGAAAAAUGGUUAUUGAAUGAAAGGGUGUCGGAUGAAUGAAAAUAUGAAUUCCCAAGAAGAUUUUAUUGGGUGAUCACGAGGUUGGAGUGAUUUGGAUUGAGAGGGUCCUUGAUUCGACUCAAAAGUGAUGCCGCGGGAUAGUUGGACCGAGGAUUACUAUGAGGGGAGAACAAAUACGAUAACUCGCGAA